CCGGGGGCUUGUGCGCGCGUGCAAGCGGUGUGUGUUGGGAGAUUGUCCAAAGCCACAGGGAAAAUGGUGGAAAAUUCACCGUCGCCAUUACCAGAAAGAGCGAUUUAUGGCUUUGUUCUUUUCUUAAGCUCCCAGUUUGGCUUCAUACUAUAUCUUGUGUGGGCUUUUAUUCCUGAAACUUGGCUAAACUCCUUAGGCUUAACCUACUGGCCUCAAAAGUAUUGGGCGAUUGCAUUGCCUGUCUACCUCCUCAUUACUAUAGUAAUCGGUUAUGUACUCUUGUUUGGAAUAAACAUGAUGAGUACCUCUCCACUCAACUCCAUUCAUACGAUCACAGAUAACUAUGCUAAAAAUCAACAGCGGAAGAAUUACCAAGAAGAGGCCAUCCCAGCAUUAAGAGAUAUUCCUAUUAGUGAAGUAAACCAAAUGUUCUUUCUUGCAGCCAAAGAACAUCACACCCAAAACUAAAUUGUAUGUAGACUAACAACAAGCAUUUAUUAUAAAAGUUUUUGAUGUAAUAAUUUUGACCAUAAUUAUUUUGACUCUCUUGUUAAAACAUGAUAUUGAAAUGUAAAAAAAUAAGUUGAGCCUGUUUUAGAUAAAGUUCCGUUAAUAUUGUAAAUAUUCUUGGGGCGCCUGGGUAGCUCAGUCGGUUAAGCAUCUGAGUUCAGCUCAGGUCAUGACCUCACAGUUCGUGAGUUCGAGCCCCACAUUGGGCUGUCUGCUAUCAGCACAGAGUCCACUUUAGAUCCUCUUUCUCCCCCUCUCUCUGCCCCUCCCCGUCUUGUGCGUGCACACACGCUCUAUCUCUCUCUCAAAAAUAAAUAAACAUUAAAAAAAUGUAGAUGUUCUCAAGUAUUAGUUAUUAAUGGACAAAAUAAAUAAAUACUGCAUUACCACAUACCAGACUUUUUGAAACAUAAGUAUCUGUAAAAUCAAGAAAUCCCUCCAGAGAGACAUGUAUGCUGUAAUUCCUUUUUAAUUUUUUUUUUUAAUGUUUAUUUAUUUUUGAGAGAGAGAUAGAGACUGCAAGCAGGGCAGGGGCCGAGAGAGAGGAGACACAGAAUCAAAAGCAGGCUCCAGGCUCCAAGCUGUCAGCAGAGAGCCCGAUGUGGGGCUCAAACUCACGAACCGUGAGAUCAUGACACGAUCCAAAGUCGGCCAGUUAACCAACUGAGCCACACAGGCGCCCCUCCUGCUGCAAUUUUUAAAUGGCAAUUAUGUCCUUCCUGCUGUUUGUUCUUGGAGCCCAGAAUUCGAACUCUGAUUUGGGAGAAGGGUACAUUUAAUUUGUAUGUUCUUGCCAUCACGUUUGUGUCUAAGACACAAAGAAACAUUUGUGGAGUACUUCCAAUAUACCAGGUAUUUUUCUAGAUGUAGCGAUGAAAAGAUCCUCUCUGAAAGAGCCUACAUUUUAGAGGCAGAUUGAGACAGACUAAGCAAAUAAAAUAUUUGUGAUGAGUGCUAUGCAGAGAAUUAAUAUAAUGUUCUAGAAAGUAAAGGGAUGACUACUUUAGAUUGGGUCAGGGAAGGCUGCUCAGAGAGAGGCAGUUGAGACUGAAAUUUGAUUAGCAAAAACAGGAGCCCAACAGAAGGAUCAGAGACAAGGGAGACCUUGCAGGUGUGAAGCAGCCAGGGCAGAGGCCUCCAGGUGAGAAGGAGCUCAGCCUGUCCUGAGGACAGAAGGCCAGCAGGGGGCCUAGAGUGCUCUGUGCCAGGGGGUGUGGUCAGGGGAGCCCGGAGAGGCCAGCAACACGGCAGUGGGCUUUGUGGGCCAGUGUAGGAAGUCUGGACUUAAGGGUCUGUGUGAGGAGUUGGAACCCUUUAGACACUGAGCGAUUGGGAGGCUUUAAGGGAAGGCAUGACAUGGCCUGAUGUAUGUUUUUAAAAAGUCGCUCAGGCUGGUGGAUAGAGGAUGGAUUCAGGAGGGAGAGUCCGGGAUGGGGCGAGAGUAUGGAGCAGAGUGGUGGCGGUGGAGCUGGGGAGGAGUCACUCUGCAGCCUUUGUCGGAGACGCAGCUGACUGACUGUGCGGAGUAGGCAAGCUGCUGAGACAAGUUGUGAUCAAGGGCCCCUCCUGGGUUCUUUUGGAUCAAUGAGUAGAUGGUUCUACCUUUUGCCGAAUCAGACAGUAUUUGGGGAAGUGUAGGUGAGGGGGUUGGAGAAUUUGGUAUAUGAGUUACUUGGACUGAUGCCACCUUGUGAACAUCUGUUUGCGUCCACGUGAGAUUAAGAAGCUUAAAGUUUAAAAAACAAACCAUGUAUAACUUUGUAAGAGUAUACUCACAGUUGGCCAGUCUUAGCAAGCAUUCAAGGCCUUCUAACUUUGAACACACUAAAUCUCUACAUAGAGGUGGAGCUACCCAUUUUUGUGCAGAUUUAACUAUGCCUUCUGUAAAAUGAAAAAAAAAGAAACUGUUUUAAAUAGUUGAGAAAACUAGGACUUCCAUUUCAAGGACAGUAUCCCUGCCCAAUGAGCACGAGAUGGAUGACAGGAAUCUGCUAUUUCUGUUCUGUUGUUUGUCCCAUUUCCUGUAUUUUUAUGGUAAGAGCAUCUCACCACAUUUAAGAGCAGUUUAAGAGGACCAGUCAGGUCCAUCCAGGAUAGAAUGGUAAAUAAAUGGUGAUCUGUUUAUACAUUGAAAAACCCUACAACCGUACAAACAAUGAAUCACUGCUUUAUCGAACAACAGGAAUGAAUAUCACAGAUAUAUGUUGGGGGGAAAAAACAGACGUAAAAGAAUAUAUACUAUAUGUUUUCAUUUACAUGAAAUUCAAAAUCAGGAAAAACUACUCUGGUGAUAAAUAUUGGAAUGGUGAUAUUAACUAGCAGAGCCAUGAGGGAACCUGCCCGGGGUGGGGGGGGGGGGAGGCGGGAGGUUGGGGGGAGUUGUUGAAAAUGCCCCGCACCUUGAUAUGGGUUGUAGUUACUUGGGUAUAACAAUCAUUGUGUUAAUAUCAUUUGACUUCAUGCUUUUUAAAAUUGAAUUAUGGUUUAUAUACAAUGUUGUAUUCAUUUCAGGUGUACAAGUUAGUAAUUGGAUAGUUUUGUACAUUACAAAAUGCCCACCACAGUAGGUCACCAUAUAAAGUUAUUACAGUAUUAUCGACUGUAUUUCCUAUGCUGUAUAUUACAUCCCUGUGGCUUAUUUAAUGAGAAGUUUGUAAGUUAGAAGUUCCUUCAUCCCCUACACCUGUUUCACCCAUCCCUUCAACCAAGAAGUAACUUACACAUCAAUAAAAAGGUAAAGAACAGUG